GUCGACUCGUUCGCUAACGUCACAUAUUUCACUACUAUGGCGGUCGACGCUAUAGAGCUGCAGCUUUCAACAAAACUUUCCUCAUGACUGUGGAUAUUCAAACUACAUCUGUUUAAUAAGACAGACGCCGUGACAAUGGCGGAGCGAGAAGAGCGACGCUUUGCGGAAGUUUCUCGCGACUCGGUCAAACUGAUGGCGGAGAGUGCUGGCGUGGAGCUCGGCGACGACGUGGCCGCCCUGCUGGCUGAGGACGUGUGUUACCGGCUGAGGGAGGCCACGCAGAGCAGCUCUCAGUUCAUGAGACAUGCCAAGAGAAGGAAGCUGACAGUGGAGGACUUUAAUAGAGCUCUCCGCUGGAGCAACGUGGAGGCUGUCUGUGGUUACGGCUCUCAAGAUGUCCUGCCGUUCCGCUCCUUGAAAGAAGGCGAGCUGUUUUUCACUGAGGAGCGUGACAUCAACCUGGUGGAGUUGGCUCUGGCCACCAACAUUCCCAAAGGCUGUGCCGAGACCAUGGUGCGAGUGAGUGUGUCGUACCUGGAUGGGAAAGGCAAUGUGGAUGCUCAGGGAACAGUUCCCUCAGCAGUCCAGUCUUUGUCGGAUGACUUGUUGAAGUACUACCAGCAGAUGACACGGGCCAUCCUGGGAGAGGACCCCCACCUCAUGAAGGUGGCUCUGCUUGACCUCCAGUCCAACUCCAAAAUGGCCGCCUUGCUUCCUUACUUUGUUUAUGUCAUCAGUGGGGUUAAGUCUGUGAGCCAUGACCUGGAGCAGCUCAACAGGCUCCUGCACAUGGUGAAGAGCCUGGUCCAGAACCCCUACCUGUACCUGGGCUCGUAUGUGCGCAGCCUGGUGUCCAGUGUCAUGUACUGCAUCCUGGAGCCUCUGGCGGCCUCCAUCAACCCUCUCAACGACCACUGGACCCUCCGGGACUACGCAGCGCUGCUCCUCAGUCACAUCUUUUGGACUCACGGCGAUCUGGUGAGUGGGCUCUACCACCAGAUUCUGCUGUCUCUGCAAAAGGUUCUGUCGGACCCUGUAAGACCGCUUUGCUCCCACUACGGCGCUGUGGUGGGCCUCCAUGCUCUGGGAUGGAAGGCUGUUGAAAGGGUUCUCUUCCCGCAUCUUCCUGCCUACUGGGCCAACCUCCAGGCCGUACUGGAUGACUACUCUGUGUCUAAUGCCCAGGUCAAAGCAGACGGACACAAGGUCUAUGGAGCCAUCUUGGUGGCAGUAGAGCGCCUGCUAAAGAUGAAGGCGCUGUCUCUGUCCCAGCCUGCAGACGGAGGCUCCAGCGCUCUGCUGGGCUCGGCAGCAGGUGUUUUGGGUUACAGGGUGAGCUCCCCAGGUCUUAGCCCGCCUCCAGAACCUCUCUCUGAGGCAGCAUUGGGAAUUGCCAGCCACCUCCAGGCUGGCGGUGCUGGCUGCCCAUGGGAAGACUGGACCCCUGUGCCGCUCCCCGCCAUGUACUGUGAACUCUACUCCUUCUUUGGAGACAGUUUAGCUGUCAGGUUCAGUACCGGACAUGGUUUUGGCAGCAGGGCAGCCCGGCUUGGUGACGCCAGGAAGGAUCCCCCUGGACCCUCCUCUAACCCUGACGCUGCCCGGAAGAUGCCCCAGCUCACAGCCAAUCUGAACAUCAGCCCCAGGCAUGAUGGGAGUCCUAGGACGGAGCCACCACCUCCCAGCCUGGCUCUGACUGGAUCCGGAAGGUCUUUGGCUCGCUCUUCUUCCAUGCAGCGCUCUCGGUCCUCCGCUUCCCGUACAGGCCAGCGCCAGGCGGGUCCAUCCCGGGAUGUUUUCCCCAAAGCUCGCUUCAUGUCUCAUCAGUCGGGUCCUCUGACUUUCUCCUUCCUCAUCGGCGGCAGACAAAUGGGACGCAGUUGCCGAGGCCGACGGCCUUUUCAGACCACAUUUGCUCCGACUCCGGCCCUCACCACAGUGCCGCCACGCACCUACGCCCACAAGCUGCCUGUCAUUGGCAGGGUGGGGAAACCUGUUCGCCGCUGGGCUCGCUCCCACUAUUCCCUCCACCUCCCUCUUUAGACAAUUUUCAUUCAAGAUUUUCUUCAACUUUUUUUGUCAUGUCCUUGCUUUUUGUUGGUAAAUGUGGUUGCAAUGUGGUAAUUUGCGGCCCACAGCUCAUUAUUGGCCCGCACAUUCUAAAAAUACAAUCACAAAAAAAACAACGUAAAUGGGGAAAAAGGCAUAACAUCAGGAGAGAAAGUUUGAAAUAGUGAUGCAAACAGCACAAAGCUGACAUGCAAGUUAAUUGUGAAUAAAAGUGAAUUUCCGCAAAUUAGCAUUCCUUAUAAAUUGAAUAUUUAUUAAAAAAAAACCUGUUUCCCAAACCUGUACGAUCUUCUGAUACAUUUUUUAACAUUCGAGCCAUCUUGACAUGAAAUAACACCCAUGUAGCCAUCUUACCGCUUGUAUAUCCGUAUAUACCAAUAUAGUAAAUAGAGAAAAUAACCCAUUUACUACAGUUUACCUUGUAGGGGAGCAGAAUCGAUGGCGGACAGGAAGUGAUGUUGAGAGUUUAGAGUUGAGUUUUUGGUUGUUGUGGGAUUUUUCCUCAGCAGUAACCCGUGUUAUUAUGAUUAUUUUUAUUAUUGUGCUUGUUGUGAGAUCAUUUAACCCUGCAAUGAAAGCCGGUGGUUCAAGUCUGGUGCUUCUGCGGUGGUCUCACUGAACAAUUACUGACACCUAGUGACCAAUGUAGAAUACUGCAUUCACAAGUUGAUCAUAAUGGCAUACAGUAUACUGUAUUUGUAUUUUAGAUCAUUUAGCCAUUUUAUGCUUGAAAAUGCUUAAUUUGGGCAGUAAAUAUGCACAGUUUGCUUAAAUAUGCAUAGUUUUUGUACUAAUAGUAGGCUGUAGUCAACCACGAAACAGUGAUAAUUUAUUAAUGUUUGAAAAACCGUGAUAGAGUCAGAGAGCAAUGUUCGAACCGUGAUGGAGCAUUCUGGAUUGGCCCACUUGCAUCCUUGGAUUUUUGAAUAUGUGACAGAAAACUUUGCGUUCCAACCUGUUUGAUUGCUUACUGUUCUUUAGAUCAGGGGUGUCCAAACUUUUUGGGAGGCACCUUGAUACAUUUAAAACAUCUUAGCUUUGUGUUUUAGGGAACAAAUUACUGUAUAAUGUAAUAAAAUAUCAUGAAUAAUUCCUUUUAUUUUUACAAUAUGUUAAAAAGAAAGAGCUGUGGGCCAUAAAUGGCCCCUGAACCGCACUUUGAAUACCCCUGCUUUAAAUGUUUGCACUGCGAGGGCCGUGUAGACUGCUGUGUCAUGGCUGUGGAGUGACCUUACCCUCCGCCUUGUGAUGGAAACCUGACAGGUGUUUGGCUUAUGCCGGCUAUAUUUACAAAAGUCCCACAUAGAAUUGUGGCGCAUGACACCCACUGGGAUCCUGUUGCUCUCGCUGGGAUAAUGUCCAAGCAUAUAAUCGCUCAUUCCUACGCAUGAAAUUUGAAUCUGCAUGGACGUGUUCUUGGGAACAGGACACAUGUAUGUUGUCUUGACUUUAGACGGCAGUUUGCAGAUUUUGAGUUGAUUUGAUUUCUGCAGCAAAAAGAACACAAGGACUUGUGUAUCUCAGUAUUACUCAUGUGGUCUUCACUGAAGACACAAGUGGGACAUUCUCAGCUCACUUUUGUCCCUUUAAAACUACUAAAUUAGCAUGUCCUCUGAACAGUUUUAGUCGAGCACAAGAAUCAGGAUAAAAGCUUGGAAUAGUUUUGCAAAGUCACAUUUAAAGAGACAUAUCCCUCUUCUCCCAUCUUCAUAUUUUAACCCGCCCAAAUGCAGCUGUUUCCCCACUUUGUCCACCCAGUGGGAGGACUGUGUGAUACUCAAGACAAGCGGGUCAAAGAGGGUAUAUACAACUAUGAAUGAUCAUUGUGUGGGUGUGAUCAUAUCAGCGUGUAGUGGGACAAGUUAGGCAGUGUCCUCAUGCAGUUGCGAAACAGUCAUAAUACUGGGAUGGAAAAUAUCCUUACAAGCCGUAAACACCUCUGACGAACCUGGUAAGGAUUCAAAUCAAUUGUACAAUUUAAAAAAAAAAAGAAGUAAUAUUUUACACCAAUGAGUUUGAGGGUUUGGUGUAAUGACCCGCCAGCAAAACCCCAACCCCCAACUUCAACUGGUUCGCAGCAGGCUUUCCAGCCUUUGCUCCUGCACUCCGACACCAGCUCUGCAUACUUUAGCCUUUUGAGCUCAUAUGCCUCAAUAAGCCAGUCUUCCCAAGAGACGUGCUUGUUAGCAUGCUCUCAACUCCCACCUGGAAGUCAUCGUCCCUCAGCUUCUUCUGACAUCAUCACGGGUUGACUCUGUUGUUCUUUGCUAACUAACAUAGGUACACCACAAAUCUCUACUUUUUAAAAUUGGGUAUGGCUGCAAAACAAUCCACCAUGGGCCAAAAGAAAGUUGUCCAUGCUCUCUCCUUCCCUCCUCCCCUUCAAGUCCUUGCCAACAAGAGUCUUCAGUCAAAGUAAAAGUUACGUUAAAUGUUAGCUUUAUCCCUUUUUUUAUCCCCUUGUUCUACAUUAGAAGUAUUAACAUAGGUUAUUUUCUGGAAGGACCCAUUGGAACAAAUUAAUAACAAAAACCGAGGUAUACCACUAUUAAAAAAAACCCCACUGCAA